AUGACUCUUCCUUGGUCAUGCAGACAAAUCAGACCUGGUGGAGACAAGAAUUGCGAGCAAUUUCGCUACGACGGUUAUUCGCCAACACGAAAUACGAAAUACGAAGACGUCGGACCCGAGAUCAGCCGACCGAGAAGAGAAAAGCUACCCAAGUUUCGAGACGCGGACCAAGAAGCACUUCAACCAAAUUGUGAUCAAACAUUACCAGAAUGGCGAACCCGAGCACCUUUGAAAGGCUUCGUCUGGUUGCAUGCAACGAGCAGACACUCGCUGAACUUUUACAACAAUGUGGCCGUCAGUGCAUUCUAUUCACAGUCUACGGGUGUGUCCCUUGGGGUUCUCCGUGGCCUCGUGCAUCGCGCCUUGAGCGAUGUCAUCGAAGAUCAUGCGGCUCUCGCAGCCUGUGUAGUGGAUGAGGGCACGACCUCACCUUAUUUUGUGCGACUGCCACAAAUCGACCUCGAAAAGUCCGUCCGCUUCAUUGCUUCACGGUUAAUACAAAAUGGGUCCCAACCCAUUGCCAUCAAAGAGCUUGAUCAGUUACUUGAGGAGGAGCACAAUCAAAAUUUCAAAUCCUUAAAUGGUGUGCUUCCAAUGUGGAGAGUACUCAUCGUUCAUGAGCCGGAGCCUUGUUCUCGAUUCGUUGUCACUUUCGUCUAUCACCACGCGAUAUGUGAUGGCACCUCGGGCUUGGUGUUCCACCGAUCUUUUCUCACGAAAUUGCAGAAAGCGGCCAGAUCACCGGAUUCGGAUAGGUCAACUGUCGAUUCGAUCGUGAGACCCUCCAACAAAAUGUUGAUUCCGUGUCUGGAAGAUCUUCAUCCGCUACCGAUUUCCCUGCGCUACCUUUUCAAGUCACUUUACUCUGAGUUUGUGGCCCACCCUCCGAGGGGUUUAUGGACGUCUAUACCCAUUACCGUCGACCAAUCGAAACGCAGGUCGCGCUACCGAUCACUUUACUUCUCGAAAGACACAACGUCUAGCCUCAUAGUGAUUUGUCGCUCACAUCGCACUAGCGUCACUGCGGCCGUCCAGGCUAUGCUGGCCGCUGCGGUGCUGGCCGAGCUUCCAGCAGACAAGUAUUCCACUCUCCGUGUUGACGGCGCCGUGUCGCUAAGACAGUGGCUGCCGCACGACGUCGUCGAUGAAGACUCUAUUGGCAACUGGGUGUCUCGCUACCUGGAGGAACAUCGCCGCCCAAAUAGCUCGACGACCGACGCUGCAGCUCUCUUCUCUUGGGAUGAGGCUAGACGAAUCAGAGCCACCAUUGAAGGUGAGCUGCGGAAAGAAGGCAAGGACAGUCACGUUGCGUUGCUACGGUUUGCCGGCAAUCUUCACAACUUUUUCCGAUCCAAGAUCGGCAAGCCUAGAGAUGAGAGCUUCGAGUUCUCUAACGUUGGGGUUUUCAAGACCGCACCUGACCAAGGUGACGGUCUUGGUCCCAGCUGGGAGAUCGGAAAAGUUGUUUUCAGCCAGAGUGCAGAUGUGGCGGGAGCCCCGCUUGAAGCUUCGUUGGUGACGGGUGCCGACGGACACCUCAAUAUUGGCUUCUCCUGGCUGGAGGGUGUCGUUGACGGUAACUGGGUGGAGCGAGUGAUGGACUCAUUAGGCAGGUUGAUCCGGGAUUCCGCGAAUUAG